GCUCACCCAAAAAUCAUCCAACACUUCAUCUUCCAUCGUCCUCCACUCCAAAUCAGAAGCAGCCUUGCUUACCGACACAAGAAAGGACUUGGAUAAGAUCUUCAGAGGGAAAUCGCCACGCGUCGACGUGAACAGAAGUCAGUGUUACCCCAACUCAUCGCACCUUCCUUGACCCCUAAUUACAGCAUCGAAAUACUUGUCCCAUGCACGCAAACAUUCAGUGAUGAGUACUAAUGUGAUUUAGAAGCAGAGAAUCGACCUGAAAUACCUUCGCAAGACACAAUGGCCUUGGCGUCUCCUUCGGCGUCUCCUUCGCUGUUUGGGAGCAGGCUUGCUCCAACGGCAACGUCGUUCGAGUCUCGUCCGGCUCCCAUCAACACCAGCAAGAUUAUGGAUGCAACUUUUGUCACGCGCUCGCCUCCUGACGUUAGUCGCAAUGCCAGCGUCGUCGGUCUUUGCGCCAUUCCCUGCGAGCGAGCCGGUGCAGAUGACCUGGGUUGGCACAUCGCCGACUUUUUGGCCUUCAAGACGCUGCUCUCGCCCAUUGUCCGUCCGGCUGCCCAGACUUGGAUUUCGCACUGCGACGUUGCAGCUGAGGUGAAGAAGAACCCCGAGAGCUAUACGCAUGGUGGACGUGUUGUCGCCGCCGCUGCCAACAACAAGGUUGGAUCAGAGAACGGCAAGAUGUUCGACGACGAGAUUAAGAUCCACGUCGAGCCGUCCGCUACCAAGUUGGCAACUAAGUUCCAGAUCGAGGUCUAUCAGAGAGCUAAGCGCGCCCGAGAGAACAGGCAGCCCUUGAUCAUCAUCAUAUGUGGCCUUACAACUCUUGAACAGGACAUCUAUUUUGGAGACCAGAAGUACAGCGUUUGUGUUACGAACGAGCAGCUGCGCGUUGCCAUAGGCUCCGAUGUUAAAGCCACGCUCUUAACUCCUUCUUUGACGUCGGCUGGCUGGCAGGUCAACCCUUCCAUCAGCCUGCAGCCCACCUUGCCGUCAAUCUCAACCCCAAUAAAGUUUUUGGCUAAGCAAUGCGGUGGCGUAUUUUCAAGCUUUAUCAGUCACGAAUUCCUCAGCUGGAAGUCGCCCUUCAUCGAUCAUGAUCGGGUGGACGAGGAAGUCAAGGCCACUGAAGCCUUCCCAGGUCCUCCGAAGCUGUCUGAGGAGCAACAAGCUGCUCGGGAGGAAUUUCGAGAUCAGCUCCAUUCGCUUCUUGCUGCGCGACUGAUGCGUCAUCAUGAUGACCAUACCUUUUCCUUCGAUAGCACGGAAGAUGACUGGGAUCAGCUCAUCGGCCCUCGCAGAGGCCAACGGCUUGAAGAAUAUGCACUGCAAUGGCGUCAGCUCGACGACGCGACGACAGAGACCGACCCUCAUCGACUUAAAUUCCUUGGAACUGCCUUUGGCGGUCGUAAGGAAUCGCAAUUGAACCAUAUCAAGCACCUGGUCCAGGAGUCGUUCUCCUCGUUUCCUGGAUACUAUGAGAGCGAGUUCGGAAAGCGCCUUCUGUCGGAGGCUAAGCAAUUCCCGGGAGACAGUCAUCCCAAUGAACUCGACUGCCGCGCGAUGUUCAACACUAUGGAGCACCGGAUGUCACAGGUUUAUCUUAGUGACCUUAUUGUGAAGUAUGCCGGCUUGCAUCCGGCAUUCAACCAACGAUGCCGCGAUUGGGAUGAGCCUAAAUGGACCCAGGUCGCUACGGAGGAUACCAAGCGCAUCGCAAGCGAAGUUUUUGGCUCCAUCAUCCGGAACCUGCCUUCGAUCCAGAUGCCCCUUGGACGAAAUGUCAACUUGCAAAGCAAGUUACAUGCCCCUUAUCGAGUACCGACCUUCUAUUUGGCUGCAUCUUUGGCAUUGCGUUACAAUGCCGGAUCUCAGCUUGAAAGUGCUCUUGAUGGGCUUUUGAAUCUGAUCGACCAAAUCAGAGACCACCAAGUUACCUUGUUGAUGAGCAGCCCUGAGCUUGAAAAGAAGGCCAAGGCUUGGCUCGACUCAGUUAACGUUGCUGCGCGUCAACCUCGCACGAACAGUAUUCAUCAGUUCAGCAAUGGCACUGCUAACCGCUCCGCUAACGGCCUCAAUACGAAGGAGAUGGAUGAGAAUAUGAAGCUGACUGAGAGCAACGGCUCCAUUGCGCUGAAUGAGACGGUUUACACCUCGGUCGGACAUCCUAACGAUAUGUCAUCGAAGGAGAGGGUUGUGCACGUCGUCAUGACUAACGACGAAACCGGCCUUCGUCGGCCCCUUGCGACCACUAUGACUACUAACAGUGCCGCUGCUGAUACUGGUCGGGAGUCUUGCUCGCGUAGCCCAGCCGAGGCCACAGGUCAACAGGAGGAGGUGAAGAUGCGGGGGACCUGGGUGCCUCCACACCUACGCCAUAAGAUUCCAGUAAAGGCCGAGCCUAUGACAACUGGAUCUUUUACUAGCCAGACCGCGGGAAACGAGACCAGCCCGGCACCGCUCGGAGGUCCCUCUGAGGAGAAUCACGAGGCUAGCACCAUCCAAUCUGUUCCGGCAGAUCACACUGAGGCUCAACUACAAGAGCCAGUCAGAGCGAUCGCGUUUGGAAACCGCCUUCAGUCCAACCAGAAGCCCACCCCCGAAGCCACGGGUUAUGUGCCUCCUCAUCUGCGAAAUAGAGCACCUGGCUUCGUUCCUCAAGUCUCAUACCGCUAAAGAGGCGAUGUUGUUUGGCGAUUAGUAUUUUCCACGUGUGUUCAGGAAAGACCUGCCACAAUCGCCAUCGGAAUACCUUUUCCUUCUACACCACAAGCUCAUGACCUCAUGUCACAUGGGCAUGAUCAGGGCAUACGAUGACUUCAACCUUUUAUGCCGCUACAUGCCGAGAUCUCCUGAUGAGCUUAGGCUUGCCAUGGCGUUUUCACCAACGAUGGAAAGUCUUCAACGACUGACAACCUGGAGAGAUGAUCUUCGAUCUAGACUUGAUUGCAUCAUUUCCACGGUAAAUGGAAGACAAGACUGUUCUGGAUUGAGAUAAACUCAGAAAUUGGCGAGGCGAAAUACGAGAGCAUGAUGCGAUAAUUUGCUAGGGAAGGGAGACCGGCCGAGAAGAAUGGCUAUCCCAGUAGGUAAUUCAUUAGCCUCGCUGAGUCCAUGAUUCCGAUGAUUUGUGUUAAAAGAUCCUGCCUUGUGACACAUCUU